UCAAGUCAUCAUGUUCCACACUAGAAAUAGAAAACAAGAAGGAUGCUUCUUCUCAUCUUCCAAAGAGGAUCACCUCAAAAGCUCCAUUUUCACCCGUAGCCCAUCUCAUUCUCUUCACUUCAGAGAACUCCUACCACUUAACCAGAACAGAAAUGGAGAGAAGCAUAGAAUUAGAUGUUCAGGACCACUAUUUGACUGAAAAUAUUCCGGCAGAGAUUGCAGAGAAUUGGGAAGAAUAUUUUCCAGAACAUGAGGAUCUUAGUCGUGAAGCGGUCCUUUUCCAGCAGGAGUGUGUAUAUCGAUCGAUUCAAGAAAAUGAAAGAAAUAGGGGAAGUACCUCUGUUUGCAGCGAUGGCAGUGUUGAUGGUCAUAUUGAGGAGCAAGAGGGUGAAUUUUCACAUGGUGGAAGUACUAGCUCACAAGUAGCUCUAGAUGAAGCUUUAGCUAGAUCUUUACAAGAGCUGGGAGAUGACUUUGAGGAUUUCUAUCUACAUGAACAGAAUGAGUCUCGGACUACGGAAGCUAAUACUACAGAAAAUCCUGCUGGGGCUACCACCGAAGAUCUGUCACAAGAUGAUGUCGAUCUGUCGCAAGAUGACGUCGAUCUAUCUCAAGAUGAUGUCGAUCCUGAUAAUAUGACUUAUGAGCAAUUAGAUUCAUUAGGUGAAAGUAUUGGAAGUGAGAAUAAAGGACUUCCAGAAGAGCUCAUCUCCCGUUUACCAAGUUUUGAGUACAAUUCAGGAAUCUUCUCUAGGAAUGAGGAAGAAGAGUGUGUGAUAUGUUGCAUGGUGUACAGUAGUGGCGAAAGCUUGAUCAACUUGCCUUGUGCUCACCGUUAUCAUUCUGAAUGCAUUAAACAAUGGUUGUCACUAAAUAAGCAAUGCCCUGUCUGUCAGACUGAGGUGCAAGACGAAUGAUCCAACAAAUACUGUGCACGGUGAAUCAAAAGUUGCCGAAAAUCUCAAGAUUGCAAUGUGAAGUAUUUGCAUUCAUCAGAGUCUGAAAAACGCACGUAAACUAUGUGUAUCUGUAAUUUUAAAAAUGUUGCUUACAGAUUUAAAGCUUAUCCUGGCCUUGUAGAGAUGAUUUCGGGGUUUUUUGGUGCUCAUUGUGUAUUCUUGUUGUGGCUCUCCCAUGUUGAAGUAUACAGCAGUUUGUGAAUAAGAAGGUAUUCAUAUUAAGAAUGA